AGUACUCAACUGCUUUUAUUAUUAAAAGUUAUAUAUCUGUCUCAAACAGUUGUUUACAGAAUAAUAAAGAUUACAAGCAGAGCAAAAUGAUAAAAACGGCAUGCAGAUAAGCAAAGCUGGUUACGAAUUGCAACAUCGGUUAUCAUUCGAAAAUUCCUGCAAGGAAGAAAUAUUUCGCAAUGUUUCAAAUAAGGCGCGCUUUCUGGCAGUAAUAUAAAACAAUUAUCUUCUUCUUAAUCGAAUGUCUAUCUGAAUGAUAAGGAGGGACGAGGCGGAAACCAUUUGGAUGAGCGUUAGAAACUGAAUAUUUUCUUUUACAAAGCACUUCAAAUAUCUUCCAUUUGUAGUGUUCCAAGGAUUCUCUUUUUAAAAGUUCUAUAAAUAAUACGCCAUGUCGGAAUCUCCAGCAACUCUUCCCAUAUAUGAAAUCGAGGGGUUAAAGAUGCCUCUCAUGUUUUCACCAGAUGCCUUUCGUUCUGGAAUUCAGUACAAACCGAGACCCAAUGACGUCUUUAUCGUCACUUAUCCCAAAUGCGGAACCACUUGGGCACAACACAUUCUCCUUCACCUUUUCAGCCGGGGGGAAGCAGUGGACGAAAAUAAGUUCUUCAGUGCAACUCCUUUCCUGGAAGUAACAGGCGCCAAAGCAGCAGAAACAAUGCCAAGACCUGGAGCUCUGAAAACACAUCUUCCUUUUCAUUUGACACCAUGGUCCGAUGAAGCAAAAUACAUUUAUAUAACCAGAAAUCCUAAGGACUGCUGCGUUUCAUAUUACCACCACAUGAAAAAUCUUCCAGGUCAUGGAUUCAAGGGAACAUUUGAUGAGUUUUUCGAGUGUUUUAUUUCUGGAAAUAUCGGUUACGGAGAUUAUUUUGAUAAUCUUCUCGGUUGGUAUGAACAUAGGAAUGACCCCAACGUCCUUUUCAUGACCUACGAAGAAAUGAAAGAAAAUCCGGAAGCUGCCAUCUUGAAGAUGGCAUCGUUCAUUGAUGAAGAGGAAUACGCCAAACUCCUGAGGGAAGACCCCGAGAAGCUGCAGCGCGUGCUGAAGUACAGCAGUUUCAAACAUAUGAAAGAGGUGGUCAACGAAUCCAUGAACAACCUGUUCAACAUGUCCAAAGAGGAGCUCUUCAAGUCUGAUCUGCCGGAUGAAAUGAAGAAAUCUUUCGAUUCAAUGCGUGAAGAAGCAAAGUUGAAAGGAGAUAAACCCGAAGCUAGCAACUUCGUUCGAAAAGGAAUCGUUGGAGAUUGGAGAAAUCAUUUCUCUGAAGAGCAGAGCAAGCGCAUGGACCAGAAAUUUGCGGAAAGAACGAAAGGAACGGAGCUUAAAAAUUUAUGGAAAAAUUAUAUGUGAUCUAAUGUCUCGACGAAUGAAACGGAGUUUAAAGAAUUGAGGGUUAUAUUCCAAAUAAUGAGAGUUUCAUUUAUUUAUAAUUAUAUAAAAAAAUGAAUCUAUUAUUGUUCGUUCAAAAAAAUUCUGCUUUAUGAAACAUUUGAAAUUUUUUAUUAGUAGUUGAAUCAUUGACUUCAGCACCAUUUCGUUAAAGUAAUCAAAAUGUGUUUUUUUACAUUAUAAAACGCCUUAGAUCAUAUAAAAAGCAGUCUUAUGAAGCAUUCUUGGGAAUAUAAAUUCCUUGAAAAGAAUAAUAACUAAGGAAUAUGAAAAUCUCUGAAUGAAAACUGCAAGAAGCUGAUACAGAAUAUAAUACAGAAAAAGUAAAUUAUAAUUCUCACAGAAUUAAAUUUCAAAUAAAAUAUUCUGUCUUAAAAUUUUUAAUCCAUUAUUUUCUUCAUCUAUUUCAUUGAUCUUUUUGAUGUCGAGUGUUUUUAAAAGAAUAAACGAUAUUCAUAGUGAAUCUAAAUCCAUAAUCAAAUAGCAUAACAAUCAAUAAAGAUUUGUUUUCGAAGAAAAAAUGUAACAAUAAUUUUUGUCAUUUCUUUCUACUGUUAUUAUUUAUCCAAAAUAUGACAAUCAAUUUAAUAAAGAGUU